CCGCCCAGCGGGACCGAGCGCGCCCUGUGGCACCGACGCUGUUUGCAGCCCAAAGCCAAAGCGCAGCCCCAGCCCAGCUGGGCUGGAGCCUUGAGCUGCAUCCCAGCCAGGAGCGGGACAUCAGCCUGUCCUGGGCUGGGCUGGGCCAGAGGGAAUGGCCGACAAGCCGGUCGGGGGCACUCCUGCUCGGCAAAGACAAAGCACCCGUGGCAUUGCUUUUGCUCAGGGACCUGCGGGCACUUGGCAGGUGACGCAGAGGAUGGGCAAGGCGCUGUGUGCCCGUGCUGCUUUAGGCUGGACGGAACCCAUUCUCCUUUCCGUGAACGCUCCUUUCAGUUACGUUUCUUCCUCAGAACUGCCCGUUCUGAACUUGGCCACGUUUCGUCAGGCAGCGUCUCUCCCGGAACUGAUCACGCUCGGUGUUCAGAGCUGCUCCUAAGGCACCGGCAAGAACGGUGUGCAGAAAGGGCGCUGCUUUUCUCUCUCCCACCAGACCGCGAGGGCGCUGCUCAGCUGCCGCUGUUCCGCCGGUGAGAGGGCGGAAAAGGGCCGCGCCUGCGGGGAGGAGCGGACAGCACAGAUGGCGGUGACGUUCGAGGACGUGGCCCUCUACUUCUCCCCCGAGGAGUGGGCAGAGCUGGCGGGCUGGCAGCGGCGGCUCUACCGGGAGGUGAUGCUGGACAACUGCGAGCUGGUGGCCUCGCUGGGCUGGGCCGCCGUCAAGCCCGAGAUCAUCUGCAAGCUGGAGCGAGAAGAGGCGCCGUGCGUGCCAGACCCCCCCGGGGUGCGGCGGGGGCAGCAGAGCCCUGGGCCAGCAGCUGAUGAUGUCCAGGCGCAGCAGGAGGCCGAGUCUGUCCAUGAGCAGAUUCCGGCCCCCGCUGCCCUGCUCCCGGGGGUGCACGAGCCGGGUGGGAUGCAGGGAGGCCCAUCAGGGCAGCCCCUCCUGGAACCCCGGCCACUGGAGCAGAAUUCCACCACGUGCUCUGAGUGCGACAAGAGCUUCAAGCACCGGGCAGCGCUGGCCGUGCACAUGCGGAGCCACAGGGGCGAGCGGCCCUUCAGCUGCACCGACUGCGGCAAGAGCUUCAACCGCAAAGAUCAACUGCUGAGCCACCAGCGCGUCCACACUGGGGAGAAGCCCUUUGCCUGCAGCCACUGUGGCAAGAGCUUCAGGGAGAAGAUCAACUUGAUCAUCCACCAGCACAUCCACACUGGGGAGCGCCCCUUUGCUUGUGCCCACUGCCCCAAGCCCUUCAUGAGCAAGAGGAAUCUCACCAACCACCAGUGUGUCCACAGCAGGGAGAAGCCCUUCACCUGCAGUGAGUGCGGCAAGAGCUUCAGCUGGAAGAGCAACCUGUACAGGCACCAGCGCAUCCAGGGCCAUAAGAGACCUUCAGCUGCCCCGAGUGACAUUCAGGGGACAGGCUAACAAGGGGCACUGCUGGGGGUGUUGAGCACAGGCCACCUGGUCAGGAGGAGGAAGCUGAGGAGGCUUCCUACAGCCAGCUGGAAGUGGCCUCAUGGUCACAUGCCCUGGGUCUAUGGGAUUGGUACUAAUUGGUACUAAUGAAACAUUACUAAGGCAUGUAGCCACUGCAUAUUAA